AUGGACAAGAAGUGUGUCUUCAUCUCUAAUAUUGUAAUAGCCUUGAUCAUGAUUCUAAACAAUUACUCGUGUGUUAUAAGUACAUCCCAAGAUGGUUUGUCAAUGGGCACCGAUCAACAAGCUCUUGAAGAAAUCAAAGCUCAAGUUACUGCCAACCAUUCGGGUGCGUUAUCUAAGAGCUGGACUGCAGACACCCCAUUUUGUAACUGGGCAGGCGUCUCUUGUGGUUUUCGAUUAGAAGCUCAAAGAGUCAUUGCUUUGGAUCUUUCUAACAUGGGUGUUGUAGGAAAGAUCUCUCCACAACUUGGUAAUCUUUCAUUCCUCACCUUGCUUGAUCUCACCAACAACAGUUUCCAUGGCUCCAUACCUCCUGAGAUCAUGCAAUUGCGCCAUUUGGAAGAGGUGUACAUGGGACACAACAAUCUCACGGGAAAUUUACCACUAUCAUAUUUUGAAAACUUGCCAAAACUUGAAAUAUUAUUUCUGGAUAACAAUGAUCUCACAGGCACUCUCUCUCCCUUCUUUCUUGAUAGCAUGCCAAGUCUCAAGACUCUGGUAUUAAGGCAUAAUUCGUUACAUGGAAAUAUCCCAGACGAUAUUGGUAACCGAUCUAGACUGCAAGAUUUUUAUGUGGAUUAUAACCAGUUAACUGGUUUGGUGCCACAUACACUUUUCAAUCUGUCUUCUUUACGAAGACUUGCAUUAUCAUUCAAUAGUCUAUCUGGCAGUCUGCCAAGUGACAUGUGCAUUCAGCUGUCCAACCUCAGGCAGCUCUUUGUAUCUGGAAAUCAAUUCACAGGACCAAUUCCAUCAAGCAUCCACAGAUGUCAGCAGCUUCGCUAUUUAUCCAUGUUCAAAAAUAAAUUCGACGGUAGCAUACCCAGAGGAAUUGGGAAUUUGACCCUUUUGGAGAAGCUAUAUCUUGGUGAAAAUGACUUCCAUCCAGGUAUGAAUGAUGCUUUUGCUACUACGUACCUAGCUAGCUGCUGGAAUUACCUUUUCAAUAUGCUAGCUAAAUCGGUUUCAACUAUAAAUGCGAUUUCCACUAUAAAGCUUUUUUCUUUUCAGGCAUGGUUAAGCCUUAGUGGCUCAUGUCAUGAAUAUGCUCAUGUUCAGAAGUUUAGAGACCAUAAGUGGGCAUAUUCAAAAUAA